UAAUGGCUGGAGAAAUGGGUCUCCCAGUUCCUUGCAUGUCGAAAAAAGGCUUCUUUCACAACUUGUCAACCAGCAAAACAAAUGAAAAUCCUCUUGAACAUUUUGGGCUCUUCCAUGCAAGUGGCAGAAUAGUUCACCCUAAGGUCCCCCCUUUCUCCAGCCUCACUCUUAAAUGAGACCUGGAUGGAUAAGAUCAUUACCUGCAAAUUUCAGAUUAGUCCCACAUACCCAUUUCUUUAUAAGCCUCCCUCAACAUUUUCUCACACACACACACAACCAAAUUCAAUUCAUACCCACCUCCUCUUUUCUCCUUAUUUUUCUCUCAUAUAUUUCUCUCUCAUUUAGUAUGGCAACGCUCGAGGAAUCCUCGACCUUGGAGCUCAUUCGUCAGCACUUGCUAGAAGACUUCUCUACAGACCUUGACUUUGACUCUUCCUUUCUCUCAGCUCUACAAUUCAAUUUCAACCCACAAUACAAACAAGAAGAACCCGAUUCCCCAAUUUCGGAUACGCACAACCAAUUUCUACCCGAAAUUUUCCUUCACGUGACUUCCCCAGAGCCGGGCGUUUCGGCCUCCUGUACGGAAAUUAUGGAGCCUGAUGGGGAAGAGAGGAAGCAUUACAGAGGGGUAAGAAGAAGGCCGUGGGGAAAAUUCGCAGCGGAAAUCCGGGAUCCGAACCGAAAAGGGAGUAGGAUUUGGCUGGGAACGUUUGAUAGUGAUGUGGACGCUGCAAAAGCCUAUGACUGUGCUGCGUUCAAAUUCAGGGGUCGGAAAGCGAUCCUUAAUUUCCCAUUGGAGGCCGGAAAAUGCGGGCCGCCGGCGACGACCGGGAGGAAGAGGAGAAGAGAAAAGAAGGGGGUUGAAUCGCCGGAGAGAAGGUGGGUGGAAGAGGAGGAGGAUGGUGAUCAGUCGUCGCCGGUAUCUGGAAAAAGAGUUACGGCAAGUGAAGAUGAAUAAGAAAUGGAUAGAUAAGAGUGGCUUAACUGUAAAUAUAAAUAUUGGUAGUUUUCUUUUUUUUUUAAAAAAAAAAUUUUCUGUGAGACGAAGAAAAAUGUAAAUUAAUGGCUAAAACUAUAUUAAUGAUGUAAUGUCACAGCUGAAUUCAACCAGCAAUUUAAGUGACGAUUUUCCACACA